AUGCUAGCUAACAUUAGCAGGGUUGAUUUAUUUAGGGAAUUGGAAUCUCAAAUAAAUGAACUAUCAUCAGAGACAGUUAGUUCCGAUACGGAGGAUGUAAACAAAAGAGAAAACGAACUCAAAGAUAAAAAAAUGAGUGAAGUGAAUGACAUUGGUGGGUGUAACAGUAUAAAUAUAGUUGAUACAACCAGUAGUUGUACCUCUGAGAUACGAUUGGAUAUACCGAGAGGUAAAGGGGAGAGUGAAUCUACAAUUGAUGUAGAAGUAAAUAAAAUAAGAGAAAGUGAGGAGAUAAAACCACAAAGUAUUGGUUCUACCUCCCUUGAGACACCACAACUCUCCAUAGACACAACUAGCAAAGAAUCACAGGCAAUAACCAAGAAUUCCAACACAAUAAGCUAUGACUCAUUGACAGAGGAAGAGAAGCACUUCCUAGCUGUACAUAGCUGUAGGAUGAUAAAAAAGAGAUCUGGGAAGUGGAAGAUUGUCAGGUUUUACCUUUUUAUCAAAAAGAAGCUGUUUGGGAAAACAAAUGACAAGAAUUACUUCCCAAAGAAGAGUGUAAAUCCAUUCAUCUAUGAGUUGAUUGACUAUUUAAAGGUAAACGGUGCAAAGGAGCGCGGGAUCUUUAGAUUGGGUGGUAGGCCCAGUGUGUACAACACUGUACCUCACGACAUACAGAGGGGUGAGAGGAUUGACUUUACAAAGUAUGAUAUUACAAACCUAGCUUCUAUCCUUAAAGCUUAUGUAAGGGAGGUGUUGGAUGGCUUACUUCCCCUAUCCCCUUGUAAAGCAAUGUACAGGUGUAUUUCAAACGAGUCUAGGGAGGACUUGGUAUUGCAUCUAAAGAAGUACUUUCCCUGGUGUAUACCACCACAGGAAAGGAGGUUAUUUAUAGCACUGCAGGAUCUAUUUAGCAAGAUAAACGACAAUGCACACACAAAUUACAUGACCACUAAGAACAUUCUUCUUAUUGUUGCUCCAACAAUCUUCCCCUCUAAGAGUGUCAGCGAACUCAACGAUGCAUUACUCCAAGUGGACAUCCUUGUGGAGGUCUUUGGGUUGAACUACAAGGAUGUCCCCUUGGAUGUAUUUGAAAGCGUUAAGAAGAAGUACACGUCAAAAUUAAAGUAA